AUGUUUGUCUCUCUUACUCGGCAGACUGCGAAGCUGCAGCAACCGUACGUCUGUACUUCAUGCCUCUCGAAACUUCUUGGGGCCUCAGAUGCUCUUCCUCUAUACUCGAAUGCCAUACUAUCGCGCGCACCCAGAAAUGCCGUCACAUUUUCGACAACUCGACGUAAUCACGAAACCAAAGACGGAAGUGCUUCAGAUGGCAACGGCCAAACUCGCGAGAAUGUACCUGCACACAUCAAUGAAAAUCAACACACGGAGACUGUGGCAAAAAAAUUGAAGAAACUCAAGGCUGAACCAUCAACUAAAGAUAAAAAUGGCGAUAACCAAAAAGUCGAUAAUGCUUCGGGAGGUAGUGAUGGAACUGGUAAGGGAGAAGAAAGCGCUCUCACGUCUUUUAUUGGGGCUGUAAACGCGGCAAGUAAACAAUCAAAUUCGACGAAGAAGAAGCCGAAGAAGAACAAGACGGCGAAGCAGUUGAAGAGGGAGGAGAUUAAUGAGCAACGAGCUGCCUCAGAGGAGAAGAAUCAGGAAACAAAGACGAAGAAAAAGAAUGCGAAGAAAGCGUCAAAAUCAAAAGAAACAGAGUCGGAUGUUCGUAUAAAAAAAGUCAAGCAGAAGCUUAUCAAUUAUGUUAAUUCCGCCAUGCCCGAAACCGACUCAUACUCAAAGGGGUUAAAUCCAGACACUGCAAGCCCCGUUGCCGAUAAUCAAGGGCGGAAGAAAAUAGCACCUUCGCAACUGCAUUCCAUCUAUGAAGCUAUGGUCAUUGAGAAGGGGCAGGCUGCAGCUAGAUUGAGUCUCGUUGAACUUAUCCAGAAGGGAGGUUUGACUACCACAGACCGAACUCAAGUCAUGAAAGAAUUGCGGGCAUCACUUGUCAACAGAGCACGUCCGAAGGAUGCUCCAACUCCUGAAAUGGCGACCCCGUCAUCUAAUCUUGCUGGAAUGUUGGCUUCAUUUGAGUCUAUUCGCAAAAGUCCUGUCAGGAACGUCGUUGAUAAGAGGUCGAAAUCUACGGAUAAAUCGGAGAACUCACGCAAUAAAGCAGCCUCUGCAAAAAAUUCAAAAGGUAUUAAGACAGGUCCGAUGGUAAAGUCGCCCGGCACGGUUGAUUUUGAUGUCCAAUCUGUCUGCGCCAAUUCACUUCAGCUAGUCCCUGUGCAAAAGAAACAACCUCCUGUGCCUGGAUUAUCAUAUGGACUAGACAGAGCCCUAUUUAACCCUGGUGUAUACAAUCUCCAAGAUCCUCGUUCUCGAGUAUUCAACUUCGAUCCUUACUUGCAACAAAUCAUGCCUGUUAGCGAAUUUGACUUUACAGCUUUGAAACAAUAUGUCACUUCUUCGAGGGAUAAAGCGUUGAUCGAGACUGCAAAAGAUGAAAAGAGAAAAUAUACAGGGUCGACGUCGAGUAUGUCGGCAUCUCUCGCCCAUUUCCAUUUCUUGCUAUCCCAGUGGAGACCAAUCAAUACUAGUAUGCUCUCACAAAAAUUCCCCGUUGAAUUCAACUCUUUCACUGCCCUUCAACGUGGUCCAUCAGCCGUGUUUUUAAGAGAGAGAGACGGAGUUUAUGCUAUUGAUGCUGAUAAGCAAUUCGAUACCGCCAAUAUAUUAAGUAUGCUUGGCAAAUCAAUGGAGAAGCUGCUCACCCUGCCGAAAGAAGAGUUUGAACAAUAUCGAAAAGAAAACUCGAAUUCGAUCACAGAAGACCAACGCAACGAGAACGAAUCCUUUCAUUAUACUACUAUGGGUGAUUUUCUUAUGCGAUCUCAACUUGACGCACACGACCCCCGCCUCCCAGGGACUGGUAUGUUUGAUCUAAAGACCAGAGCCGUGAUUUCGAUUCGUAUGGAUAUUGAAAAUUACGCGGAAGGAAGUGGCUACGAGAUCUUUACUCGCCAAGGAGAAUUUGAAUCUUUUGAACGCGAAUUCUUUGAUAUGAUAAGAGCUGCAUUCUUGAAGUACUCGUUACAAGUUAGAAUGGGUCGUAUGGACGGCAUUUUCGUCGCAUAUCAUAAUGUUGAGCGAAUUUUUGGAUUUCAAUACAUCAGUUUACCAGAAUUAGACGACACCAUCCAUGGAACGACCAAUACUACUCUUGGAGAUAGCGAGUUCAAACUUAGUGUUGAUCUGCUCAACAAAGCCCUGGAUCGCGCCACGGCCAGAUUUCCCGGAAAAUCAUUACGAAUACACUUUGAAACUCGUGGAAAUGGUGAUACUCCAUUCAUGUACAUCUUUGCCGAACCUAUGGAAGAGGAAGAUAUUCAAAAAAUUCAGGACACAAAUAAAGCGGAGAUUGAAGCAUUCGAAGCUCGUGUUCUGGGUUUACAUGGUGACAAAGCAACGGAAGAAGAUCAAUUGGAAGAGAAAAAGAACGCUGAAUGGGAAGAUCUUCGGGCUAAGGUCGAGGAGAGUAUGGAGAGCGAUGAGUACGAGAUCAAGAGUGCAAAAGAAAUUGCUGAGAGUCUACUUGAGCAUCAUGAUGUCACUGGAUUGACAUUGGAUGAGGUGGAGCAACGUGUGGAGGAGUUCCUAUCAACUUCAUCUUACAAUGAACAUAACGAUGAAGACUCUGCGAGAGAGCAUGAGAAUAAGUCAUGGAAGGAAGAACAAAAUGUUGAUGCUGAUGAGGAGGGUGAUGAGAUAACAGAAGAGGAUGAAGACAUAGAGCAUGAUGAGGAUGUAGAACUUACCACUGCCGAGGUGGAUGAGGAUGCCGAUCAAGAGAAUGAUGAAGAUGGUGAGGAGGAGGAAGAAUACGAAGAGGAUGAUGAGGAGGAGACAGAAGAGAGAGACACUGAAAAUGAAGUCGAAGACACAGAUAAUGAGGCAAAAACUAGCGACCUUAUUGAAAUCGCGACUGAGAACACAGUCAUUCAAGAAGGUCUUCUAGUCGACGCAGCCGAAGAAACCUCGGAAACUCAGCAAAAUAACGAUGAAUCAUUGGAAGCCGUGACUCGCGAACCGGAACUUGUUGAAAAUGAAGGUCUCUUGAUUGAUUCGGCGAAAGAAACUUCGGACGUCGAUGAUACAAAUGAUGAAUCGUUACAUUCAGAGGAAAGUGUAACAGCCGAAUCAUUACCUUCGGAGGAAAGCGUAACAGCUGAGUCUGAGAUUUUAGAGGAAACCGAUGAUAUCAACGAUGAGACAUUAAUCAAAGAUGAUGAGUUUAUCCUUCCCGAACAGGAUAACCCAAAAGAAAUUUUAGCAAUGCAUCUCGCCAUCCGCAACAAAGUCAAUGGUCAGUACACAGUACGACCUGAAAACCUGACGGAAGAUGAUAACUGGACUGUCGAAUACGCAUUAUCUGAAAUUCCCAGACAAGAAAGGGCUAUGAAUCUUUAUAAAGCAUGUCAAACGAGAAGAAAGACAGCCUUGAGAAAAACAGAUGAACCUGCUGGUAAUAAUAAGUGGGCGGAAGAAAGGAAUAAUAAAUUCAUUCAGCAAUUGAAGAAUUUGGCGAAGAAGGGAAGGCAGUGGAGAACAGAAAUGACGGAGAAAGAAGCGAGUAUGCCGGUGAAGACGUUGCAUUACAAGGAAGAGCCGAAGGAAGUGGGAGUUUAUGAGAGCUUUGAGGAGAUGAAAAAUGAGGCUGGGAAUGCUGAGGAGAAACCCGAGAUGUCAAAGGCGAUUGAAGAGACGAGCGAGGAAAAGAGAGAGUAA